AUGAAUUGUAAUCUCAGAACAGCGAAUUCGAAGGGGAUGACGGCUUGGCGUGCUGGGAGAUCUGGAGCUAGAGUUGGAGUUUUUAGGUCUAGAUUAUUUGGGAGAUGUGAGAGGGUGAUAGGUGCAGGCGCUGGCUUGGGAAGUGGCAGGAGAUUUAUAUCGACACGUGAAUUGGAUGCUUCGAAAGGCGAUCGCGAAAGAAUCCUCAUCCUUGGCUCAGGAUGGUCGGGUUUUACACUCUCUAGACAAUUGGAUCCGAAGAAAUAUCAGACGGUUGUUAUUUCUCCGCGAUCGUAUUUUGUUUUUACACCGCUUUUGGCGAGUACGGCGGUGGGGACGUUGGAGUUUAGGAGUGCGCUUGAGAGUGUAAGAGGAAGAGGAAGAUGGAGAGGAUGGGGUUUAGUUGGAGGUGGAUGGGGAGGGUGGGGAGCAAGGAAUAAUGGAGUUGAAUUUUGGCAGGGAUGGGCAGACGACGUUGACUUUGACAAAAAAACUAUCAAAGUAGAAGAAAAUGCAAUUGAAAGACCUAAAACCGCAAGUACGGCCAUUCAAAAGGUAGGAAAGGGAAGAGUUUUUGAAGUUGGUUAUGAUAAGUUGGUGGUUAGUGUAGGAUGUUAUAGUCAAACGUUUGGAAUUGAGGGAGUUAGAGAAAAUGCGCUGUUUUUGAAGGAUAUUGGGGAUGCGAGGAAGAUAAGGAAGAGGAUUUUGGAAUGUUUCGAAACAGCUGCACUACCAACCAGUUCCGAAUCCCUGAAAAAGCAACUUUUAAAUUUUGCAAUCGUAGGCGGUGGUCCAACCGGUGUCGAAUUUGCAGCCGAACUAUUCGAUCUCUGCCACGAAGAUCUCUCAACCCUUUACCCCUCUCUAACAUCCUACAUAAAAAUAACCAUCUACGACGUUGCACCUAAGAUUCUUCCAAUGUUUGAUAAAAAUCUCGCAAACUAUGCAUUAGAACAUUUUAGCAGAGAUGGUAUUGAUAUUAAAACAGAACAUCAUAUUUUAGGAUUGAAAAAAGGAUUUCCAAAGGAUAGUCUUGAGGGAGAAAAUGGUCACGAAGAAGAUAUUGGAAAAGGAUUUACAUUGAAUUUGAAGGAAGAAGGUGAUGUAGGUGUGGGUAUGUGUGUUUGGAGUACGGGAUUGAUGAUGAAUCCUUUUAUUGAAAAGGCGUUGAGUUCAGUUCAUACUUUUCCAUCCAAAUCGGCUAUUUUAGCUACGAGUGGUGAGAAGGGAAUUAGCCAGAAGAGUGAAAGUCUGGAGAACAGAAAAUGGGAAUUAAAAAGAAGUCCGAAAACAGGUGGUUUAAUGGUUGAUAAUUUUUUCAGAGUUAAACUAGCUACUCGCUCCUCAGCAUCCACAUCCUCGUCUUCCACAAAAUCUCCAUCUCAAUCCUCAAUCAAAGAACAAACCCAACAAGAAGCAAUAAUGGAUGAUGUUUUUGCUCUAGGGGAUGUAGCCGUAUUAGGAGAUAUGGCACUACCAGCUACAGCACAAGUAGCAAAUCAAGAAGCGAAAUGGUUAGGAAAGAGAUUGAAUAGGAUUUAUGGAGUAGAGAAGAGUGCAGUUGGGGAAAGUGGAGACAAGGGGUUUACGUUUAAGAAUAUGGGAGUUAUGACUUAUGUGGGUGGUAUGAAGGCGAUCAUGCAGACGGAUGCAAAGGGGGAGAUUAAGGGGAGAACAGCAUGGUUAAUCUGGAGAGGUGCAUAUCUGACCCAAACAAUCAGUUGGAGAAAUAAAUUGCUUAUUCCUAUGUAUUGGGUAAUCAACUGGUUCUUCGGCAGGGAUAUUUCGAGAUUUUAG